UCCCCCUCCCACCUUUUGCUCCAAAAAAAAAAAAGUCCCACUCCCACCGGCUCCGAGACCAACAAACCCGCCCCCUGGCCCGACGACGCGGCUCGGCGCGGGCCCUCCCCGUCCUCCUCUGAUGGACAUGGACGCGAGCCAAACCUGGCCGCCCCCGACCCCCUCGCCGCCGCCCUUCUCCUCCCGGCCCCGCGCGUCGCCGUCGCCGUCGCCGUCCGCGCACCGCCGGCGCCGCCGGCACUCCAAGAAGCACAAGCCCCCGCCCGCGCCUGCGCCUGCGCCGACGCCGCAGGGCGCGGCGGACUUCUCCGCGCUCCCGCCGGAGCUCGUCCACCGGGCCCUCGCGGCCGCGUGCGCCUCCGACGUCGCGGCGGCCAGCCGCGCGUGCCGCGCGUGGCGGGACGCGCUGCGGCCGCUCCGCGAGGCCGCGGCGCUGCACGCGUUCGGCCGACGCGUCAAGCACGGCCUCGUGGCGGGACCCGCGUCCUCACGCGGGGGGGCCGGUGGCGGACGUCUCGAGACGGAGAGGCAGCGCGCUCUGGGGCUGUUCCGGCGGGCCGCGAGGCUGGGCUCCGCGGCGGCGAUGGUGGACGCCGGGCUCAUGUGCUGGGAGGAUGGGCGGCGGGAGGAGGCCGUCGGUUACUACCGGAGCGCGGCGGACCUGGGCCAUCCCGUUGGGAUGUGCAAUCUUGGAGUCUCCUUCCUUGAAGCUGAUCCACCCAAGGCCGAGGAAGCUAUUAGAUGGUUUUAUCCAUCAGCAUCUGCAGGCAAUGCUCGUGCUCAAUACAACCUAGGCCUUUGCUUGCAGAACGGGAAGGGUGUCAAACGGAGUCAGAAGGAAGCUGCAAAAUGGUAUUUACGAGCUGCAGAGGGAGGGAAUGUACGAGCCAUGUAUAACAUUUCCUUGUGUUACAGCUAUGGUGAAGGGCUUUCACAGGAUCCAGUGCGCGCUAAGAGGUGGCUUCAACUAGCUGCUGAUUGUGGUCACAAGAAAGCUCUUUAUGAGUGUGGUAUUAAACUUUGUGCGGCAGGAGACAAGGUCAAGUCUCUCAUGUAUCUAGAGUUGGCAACACGGCGUGGAGAAUACGCUGCUGCCCACAUGAGAGAUGUGAUAUUUGAAUCGCUCUCUGUUGUGAAUAAACAGCGUGCCAUGUCGGACGCUGAUAAAUGGAAGCCUAGGACACUCCAUCCUAGAAGGUGAGGAAAUGCACCAACGUCAAAGUGUAAACAACCAUAUCGUCAAGAUGUCCAUACCUACAUCGUAUGUAGCCAAAAUUGAAGCAUGCCAGACGCCAUGGAAGGGUGAAGUAAACACAGCAUCCUCAAGAAUGUUAACCUGCAGACUGCAGUAGCCAUACUGUGGCUCUUUGUAUAAAGCCAUCCAUUGGCAGAUGUAAUAGCAGGAGAACCUGUAGUUGUAGUAUAGAAAGUUCUGUAGCGAAUACUAGUUAUGAAGGAGAUGCCAGUCGCACAACUAAACUGUACAUGUGCAAGUUGCUGGUUUCAUCAGUUUAUAUCCGAAGCCUGGAGGCUUUGUGUCUUUAUGAGUUGAAAGAAAAAGCAGAAAUGUCUGAACACUGACAUAGACAUUUGUGUCUGGACAUGGACAUAAGUAGACAUUUGUGUCUAUAUCAGAAAUAUCUAGACAUAGACAUAGACAUAGUGGACAAAUGUCUUUAUUUGUUGCAGUCGAGCAAUGAUGACCUCC